AUGGCCCUACAGGCGUCUGGAGAGACGUCAUCCACUUUGUCCAAGGCCGCCGCAGCCAUCGCCCAGAACCUUGCCUUUUCUGGGCGGAGGCCAGGCGAUCCAUCAAGUGCUAGCGCCUGGCUUCCCACGAGUGAGACGGACGUGGACCUCACUCAUGAGCUCGAGCGCCAGCGAAUGCAGGCACGGCGAGGUGGUGCUGCCGGAGGCAAUGACGAUCCCAUGCUGGCCAUGAGCCAGUCACGGCUGCAGGAGCUGAAGAGAAAGUUCUUGUUACCCUUUGCCACGCAGCGCCUGGUGAACGGCGCCAUGCAGAUGCGGCCGUGGUUGCCACAGGAGGCCCCGUCGUACGAGGUCUUUGAGGGCCGCCAGGUUUCACCUGUCGCCGCCUCAGUGGAAGAGAUACGGAAGGAGUGCGUGAGACUUGCAAAGGGGCAGCUGCCCUUGGACCUCCUCACACGCCGGCCGAAGCCGCAGAUGCUGAAAGCCGUGCGCGCCCGGCUGGUGUGCCAUGAUCAGGUGCGCCUAGCUGGGCUGCUCUCGCACUAUCUGUACUGGCACCUGUUGGGCCAGGAGCGGCAGCUACCAGCAUCAAAAGUGGAGGCUUUGGUCAUCAGCUCCCAAGAGGUUUGGGCCGCUCUCGUCCUGCCCUUUCAGGACACGCCGAACGGGGUGGGCUUCGCAGUGCCCGCCAUUUUACUGGCGACGAAAAUGCUCAUUGAGGAGGUGUUCAAGCGCCAGUAUGAGGACAUUUUUCGGCAACAAGCUGCUCACAACUGCCUCAUUGAGGAGAUCAACUUGAUGUGCAUGAAGCUCCUGGACGCUGAUUGCACCUUCGCCCACUUCGCAGCCCUGGACGUGCAGUCCGACGGCAGCCGCUUGUGGCGCAAGCUCCAGGCAGUCCUGGAGACGAAGCAGAGCGCGGUGUCGCGAGCGCAGGCCCGCUCUUGUCGGACCUCUUCGUUGCUGCGCCGGGCCAUCUCUGGCGGCACGCAGUGCGGCGACCCCCGCACGCGGAGGCUGUUGGCGACUGCCAGUGAGCCGACGAAGAUGAGCCCGAGUGCUGGACAAGACAGCAAGGAGGAGGCCCAGCGCCGUGUGCAGCACGAGCGCUGGCGCGCCGCCGCCCUGAGGCGCCAGGUCUCCCGACCCGCGUCCGCGGAUGAGGUCAUGGUGGCCAAAAUGUCCCGCAGCAGUUCCGCACCCAGACAGAGGCAGAGGACGAAGAGCACGUUGACCAGCGGCUCCGCGUGUUCUCUGCGACGAUUGGCGUGCUCCAGCGCGGGCUGA